CAAAAAAUUGAAUUAAGCUAUUAAUUAGUAUAAUAAUUCAAUACCACAACUGAUGGAAGCAUUGUGACAACAACACAAACAAUAAAGUUUCGGCGAACUACCGGUUGAUGGGGAGAGAAAAAGACCUCCCAUAUUUCCUUCCGAGUGAAGUAGUGCUGCAUAACAGCUUAUCUGACUGCUGGGUAUCAUAUUUGGGCAAGGUAUACGAUCUAACGGCAUUAUGUAAAUCGUGUGAAGAUCGUCCGGAGAUAAAGCCGAUCCUCUUAUUCGCGGGUAAGGAUUUAAGCCACUGGUUUGAUCGUCUCACGGGAGAUAUCCAGCAUCACGUGGAUCCGCGAACGGGGGCUUUGGUGCCCUACUGUCCUCAUGGGCCCAUUCCCGACGUAGGAAUCCCCGAACCCUCGAGCACUUGGAGACCUUUGGAGCAAGUUCCCUGGUGGCGGGACACUAAAUACCUUCUUGGAAAUCUUACUCGGAACCCGAGGCCCUGUCGCGUCAUCAACACACUCAUUGCCAAGGAGGCGCUCAUUUGGGUCUGCGAAGAAGAUACGAUAAAACGAAUCCAGGAACGGUUCAAGCUCUUCAACUCAAACAGCUCCGACUAUCUCUGGAAAUCGGAAGACAAAAUUCUAGAUCUAAAUAAAACUCUAACAGACAACGGGAUUCCUGACGAGAGAGAACGUUUUCUUCGCUGCGGAUUACCCGACAAUUUUUAUGUCCCCAGUAUUUUAUGCUACUACAAGGAUAUCGUUAAAUUAUAAAUAUAAAUCCUAACUCUUUUUUAUAGUUGUAAAGAUUCAGUUCAAGACUAAACACUGAAGAUAAUUCAACUGUAGGGCACCGUGACUUUCCUGGAAUAAAUUCUAUUAUCUAUUUACAGAAAUCCAUUUCUUUGUC